GCCAUGAGUCGGUCUCCUCCCUGGACGGUCAUUUGAGUCUGUGUGUGUGUGUGUGUGUGUGUGUGUGUGUGUGCACUGAGCAGAACCGAAUAGACCGCGGCAAACCCUUCAUCGCUUCGUGGAAUUCUCGGCAGAGGCGCUGCUCGAAAUCGAUUCUGGUUGAUAAGAGUUGAGAGCAAUGGGAGAGGAAUUGGAGGAUGUGCCCCUUCCGCAGCUGCUGACUCAAGCACAGCAAAUACAUUCUCUUGCCAAUUCGUCUCAAAUUGGAAAUCAGGACGAAGUGAAGAAAGGUUGUCAGCUUUUACGAAAGUGCCAAGAAAUCGCAGACAGGAUAGGUUUAUUUUCUACCAACGAGGAGAAGGAGGACAUUAGCACUGGGGAUCUGAAGUACUUGCUGGUUCCAUAUUACUUGGGCGAGCUCACAGAAAAGUUGGAAACGGAAGAUCGGGUUCAAUUGGUUAGGGUUGCCAAAGGACAAUUGUUGAGCUUUAUUCGAACAUGUGAGCGGUUGGAACUGCUUUCCGAAAGCGACGCCCAGGUUCUCAGUAGAGAGGGUCGCGCUACUCCUGAAACAAGAAGAGCGGAAAAGGUUGCGCGGUUCAGAAAGCAAAGAGCUGCUGAAUCUAAGUUACAAGAAAUCAAAGAGAGAAAGGAGAGGCGGCGACGGUCUAUGCAAGCUACUGCUAAGAGCACUAGUGUGGAGCAAGGGGAAGAAAAUUUGCCAGAUGAAGACGAUGAAGAAGAGCGAGAGGCUUGGUUCUUGCAGAUAUCAUUGGCUCUGUGCAAGUCCUUGGACUUGGUCGAGAUGCUGCAGCGGGAGGAGGAGAUGCUUGCUGCUGUACAGGCUGCCAACGAAGAGGGAAGAGAAGCCUUUUCAAAAGAGAUGUUGGAUGAAAGGCAUUCUAGAGCAGAUGACUGGCACAGACAAGGAGCUGCUAAGGCUCAGACUUCAAGGCCAGCCAUACCCAUAACGUGUGCAACGUAUGCCCAAGACGUGAUAGAGGGACGGGUUGCUAUACAACCAAAUCAUCAGCACACGCACGGAGCUCCCAUGUUGUUUGGGCCCGCAAGCGUCGUGAGUGGAAGCCUCUCCACUGAUCGUGAGCGACAGAUAGCUCAAGUCUUUCAGCCUAGCCACAGUUUACCAAGCAUGAGCAUAGAACAGGCCGGUUUGGCUGAAAUGAAAAUCAUGCGCACGUGGAAUGAGACCAAUCAGAAGAUAUUCGACGAGGCUAGACAGUCGUCGUGGGUUGGGGAGGAGAAGAAGGACGAUGACGAUAGCGAUGACGAGGCUGCUACAAACAAGGCCCGGGCCUGGGACGAUUGGAAGGAUGAUAAUCCGAGGGGAGCUGGUAACAAGAAGCUUACGCCUUGUGGAUAAGCUUGUUGAUUUUGGUAGGGCAUCUCCGGUGUGAUGCACAUAAAAAUGGGACCGUGCUUUCAUAGUCGUGUCGGCUUCUUUUGUCUGCGCCGGGAUUCAGGAGCCUCUGCUGAGGUUCAGAAACUUGUGAUGUCGUUGUAGCUUCUGAAGUACUCGUCGUAGUUGUAAAUCUGUUUGUUACCCUUUUUAAAGGUACACCAUGUUGACUAUCUUUAUCAGUGAGAAUGUUUCGGCGAACUCUAUCAGCAGGUGAUUUGCAUGGCCAGUUGUAUAUUUGAUAGAAGAUUUGCUUUGGAUGGCUAGUUUGUGCCAUUUCUUAGCUGACCAGAACAAGUGUCUCCAAUCAUAAGCCAACAGAUUCACAUUUGUU